GAAGUAGAUUACAUUCUUUUUGUGCAGUAAAUGGUGCUUGUUGACUAUUAGUACCAGUGUUGUGUGUUGUUUUCGCGCCAUUUGGAGUUACUAUUCUCCACUGUGGUAUUGAAUGUUAUAUUAAAGUUAUUUGGUGUAUGUGUUUGUGCCUGUGAUUGAGAACAAUAGUAUAAAGAUGACAACUCCGAAAUUCGGACCAGGGGAUAAAAUAUUUGCUAAGGUCAGGGGGUAUCCCCCUUGGCCUGCUAGGGUUGAAGGCGUCGCUGAUGAAACUCCAAAUAAAAUGAAAUAUCAUGUAUACUUUUAUGGUACCGGAGAGACUGCUGUAUGCAAACAAGAAGAACUGUUCCCUUAUGCUGAAAAUAGGGAGAAAUAUGGUAAGCCCAUGAAAAAGAAAGGUUUUAAUGAAGCACUUCUUCAGAUAGACUCAGAAUUAGGUCUCAGUACAUUAGUACAAACUCCUCAAACCCCAGGCAAUGAACUUGAUAGUGAAACUGAAGGUAAUCUAGUAAUAGAUGAGACGUCUGGUAAAAAAUCUAAAACUAAUACACCCAUUGCUGGGAAAGGAAAAGAGAUGAAGAAGACAGGCCGCGUAAGAGGUGAUACUGUAGAUGAACCUUCAGCUAAAAAACCUCGUAAGAAAUCAGUAUUGUCUUCAGAACAAGAAACCCCAGGAACGUCUCAUAAAACAAUUUCUACUGAAUCCCCUGUUGUUUCGAGAUCAGGUAGGAAAAUUAAACCUAAGAAAUUUUCUGAUGGAAUUGAUGAAAAUGAAUUGGAAGACAUAGAACAGGGAACACCAAAAGGAAAACAAGGUAUAAAGGGUACAAGUGCCUCCUCUAAAGCUAAAGAUGAUAUUGAACUUGAUGCAGAAUUAAUUAAUGAAAGCACAUUGGUGGCAUUUACUCCCAAGGGCGAAGAAGUGAGACUGAAACUUAACUUAAAUAAACCAGUUGUUUUUAAGAGUGAGAAAGCAAGACUAGAAUGGGAGGCUAAAGUUUUAGAAGAUGGUAAAACACUCAAGGCUCAAAUUGAAUCAGGUGAAGUACUUCCUGAAAGCGUUAAAAAAGAAAUCCAAGAAAAAUACCAGGAUAAAUUGGUUCAACUUGAACAAAAAAUGGCUUGUGAUGAUAAAAAGGAAAAAUUGGAAUAUUUGAAAGUGGAAGCUCAAUUGCUAGAUAUAGAUGUAAGAAUAAAAAGUAGUUUGAGUUUAAAACAAGCUGAACCUGAAUCUUGUUUAAAAUGUUUAGAUGAGUUUUUGGGAUUGAAACUAAGUCCCUUGAUGUUCAAAAAACAUCCAGAAUUAGUUGACACUAUAAAGAAACUUAGAAAAUAUGUUGGGAAUACUAGCUGUUGGAAUAUGACCGAUGAACAAACUCAUGUCUUUGCUGGCCAAGCAGCAUCGAUUAGGUCCAAAUCUGAACAUGCUUAUAAUAAAAUCAAGAGCUUAUUCAUGGUCCCCUAUGGAAAAUCUUUUUGGGACAUUUUUGCACAGGAAUUAAAAGACUUCAAUGAAUCCAUUAAAGGUAUGAAUAUCGAUGAGGUCUUUGGUUUAACUAAUGAUCCAACCGUCAAAGAUGUUGAAAGUGAAAAUUCUGAUGUGAAUACAUCAGUCUCAUAAGGCCAAUUAUUUUGUAAAAACAUCUAGUUGUUACAGGUAACAACAAAGAAGACUACGUUAUAAGUUCGUAGAUCAGCCAACAGUCACAACAGGAACCACUUCAUCUUUUGACUAAGCUUUUAUUUAGUAUUGAUGUAAUUUUAAUUUUAAUUUAGUUUGUCUUUAUAUUUUUAACAAAACAAAAUUUACUUUUUUAAUUUUAAUUAAUAGUAGACUAGAGUCCUUUCACUCGAUUCUUUAUCUAUAUUAUUGCUAUCAUUUGCUAAUCUAUAUGCUUUCUUUUUAUUGUGAAGUGAUUAUAAUUUUACUAGCAUAAAUAUUUCUCAUCAGUUUACUAUCAAAUCGUAUUUUUGUUACAUGAAUAUGACAGAAUUACUUUUUUUGUAGGAUAGGAUAAACAACUGUAUAUUUUUUAAGGUAAUAAUUAUUGUAGGUUAAGAUUAUUGAUGGUGAAAGUUCUAUUUAUAGAAAUGUGAUUUGUACAUCUAACAUUGUAUAGCUUUUGUUAUACUGUCAAAUAGGAAUAUAUAUUCUUUAAAUUAAGAUAAUACAAAUUUCACCUCAGCAUUAAAUUUUUAGAAAUAAAAAUUUAAUAGAUGACGUGUACGGAUUGAUUAAAAAUCAAUAAUUUGUUUGCAGUAGUGUACUUGUACAAAAAAAUUGUAUGGAAUUGGAAAACAAAAAACAAUCCUAAGAUCAAAAUUAUGGCUUAGAUUAAAAAUAAUUUAUUGUUGUGA